UUUCUUGCCCGUUGCUGCUAGCCACCUCUUCUCUUCUCUUUAUCUCCUAUGCUUUUCCCUCUUGUUCUGGAAGCUUGCAGCACAUAACUCACUAUCUAGUACUUGUUCUGUGUUAGCCAAGAAAUGGCUAUGGUUAACGCUUCCGUGGCUACAUUUCUAAAUAACUCUUCUCCUCUUCUUGUUCCUUCCUCUUCAUUUCUAAGUACCUCUUCGCCUUUCUUUAGAAUCCCACUCGUUGAGUCCUUUCCUUGUGCAUUGUCUAUCCCUAGAAGGAGAAGAUGCCUCUUUCCAUCUCUUGCGAUCAAGAAUGAGGUCAUUGAAGAAGCUGCUGAUGCGUCUGGGGAAGACGAAGUAGUAGAACAUGUGGAGGAGCUCGAAGAGACACUACUAUACUCUUUCUCCCCUUUGCCUUUGCUAUUUGUGUCUGUUCUUCCUGGAGCUGGUACUGUAAGGUCUCUCUUUGGCCCUUUUGUUGAGCUUGUGAAAUCAUGGAAUCUUCCUGACUGGCUUGUGCAUUGGGGUCAUCCUGGGAAUAUGGCUGUUGUCCUCUUUGCAAUGGGUGGUUAUGGAACAUACCUCGGAUUUCGAAUCCGUUUUUCUGAUGAUGUGGAGGAGAAGGCCAAUGCUAAAGACUUGCACCCAAAACUUCUAGGUGGAAUGUUUUUCUUCUUUGCUCUUGGAGCAACUGGUGGAGUAACAUCUUUACUCACUUCAGAUAAACCAAUCUUUGAAAGUCCUCAUGCUGUUACUGGUUUUAUUGGCCUUGCUCUGUUGUCCAUACAGACCCUUUUACCAGCUUUAUUUGAGGGAAAUCCUGGAUUGAGAAAUGUUCAUGGGAUCUUGGGCAGUGGGAUUAUGACACUCUUUCUUGUCCAUGCUUCCCUUGGACUUCAGCUUGGUCUCAGUUAGUAGUCAUGUAACAUAUAUUGACCCUUGGGAUUUUUAUGAUUCAUUUUUGCUUUAAUAAUAUUAUUAUAGUUAUUUUCUUUAA